AUGAAGAUCACUCCUUUCUGGGCCUCUAUCGCCCUAUCAGCCCUACCAGUGGCUCUAGCAGCCACUGAAUCCACAGCGACAACUACUACGUCCACUACUACCUCUACUACCUCCGCGGCGCCAAGCUGUACAGCCUCCCUCAUCACGGAGCUCUGUGACUAUCCAUCACCUAUCUCUGCCGUCGCCUCGGGCGGCAGGCCCGACUGCUGGGACUAUUGUAACGCCCACCCUCCUUGCGACUUUGUUAUCUUCAGCGCCGGAAACCCUUACCUAGGCACCGGUACGUGCUGGCUGUACCCGGGACAAACCUUCGAUGAGAGCAAAGGUACUAAGGAUUGCUCCGUCCUAUCCGUCUAUGACAAGCCUGAGUGUGCUAGCCCAACCACCACCACUGCUGGCGCCUGCGCCGCCACCGAGACUCCCACUGCUAUUGCCUCGGUCUGCGGGUACCCAACCCCUGAUGACAACUGUUUUUACACUUGCACUGCUAGCUCGGGUGCAGUGAACUGCUUGAGCCAGUGUGUCGAGGCCGAUUCUUGCAACUAUGUCGUCUUUAAUCCGCAUAACGAAGGCAAUACACAGUAUGGCUCGGGUAGCUGCUGGAUGUAUCCGAAUGGUACAUACAACGCUGCGGAUGCGACCAAGUGCAGCGACGAUGCUGAGCAGUAUGUGUAUAAAAACCCGUGCCCCAAGCCGUCAUCGUCUUCCGUUUCAACAUCUGCUUUGAAGCAAUACGCUAGUGGCCUUGUAGUCCCAGGAAAUACUACGAACACAACUACUAGCGCUGCUGCCGCCGCAACUACCACCAGCAAGAACUCUGCGCCUACCGGCCUUUCGCUCUCCAGCCCAUUGGCUAUCGGUGUGGCUUUGUUAAUUGGACAGGCAUUUUAA